AUGGUUGUGGAAACCAUCCGAGGGAUCUUCAAGCAAGAUGAGAGCACUGGCACGAUUGGUGUGGAGUUCUGGGUGGUGGUGACCAUGGUGACCUUGCGGCUCAAGUUUGCCGUCGGCGCCAUCGCGCCACUGUACUACUCCUUGAGGCCACUGAACAACGCCGGCCGAGCUAUCCUGCUGUUGAACUACUCCUUGGUGCACUACACCCUGGGACUCAUGCAGCUCUCAUCGUCCGACGAAAAACCAGAUGACUUCUUCCAGGUAUGGGCUGUCCUCUUGGUCACUCUGCAGUACAGCGUGAGGAUCGGCAUCCCGUACAGGAAGAGCAAGGACAUGUCCCUCAUCGACCUGCUCAUGUCCCUGUGGGCAGCCAACCUCAUCAGAUCCCAGACCGUGCUGAGCCUGAAGAUCCCUCUCUGGUUCAUCUGGUCCGUCAACGCGCUGCGGAUCAUCGCCUUCUUCAUCUCCUCCAAUAGCGCAUUUGAUAUCCACACCAACAACAUGAGGCUCGUAAGCAACUACAUGAGAUACGAGCAUGAACUUGGCAACCCCGAGGAUGUGGAUCCAGCCACCAUGGCAGGGUACAGGUAUUUGGUCCUAGGAGAAGGCAAGCAGGAGAUGAAGGUCGAGCCUCCAGUAUUCAAGCUCGAGCUGGACGUGACGAACCCUGAUGAGAUGGUCACCGUUGAGAGGGUAUGGAGUCUUCGCGGCAGCCGGUUUCUCGGUGGUGGAGGAGUGGAUCAAGACAACCGGCUCAAGGACGUUUGUCUCUCGUUUGCGCUGUACAAGCUUCUCCGGCGUAGGUUCGGCAACCUGCCCAUACACGAGGCCCGGCAACCCAAGACGAAGAGACUCGUCUUCGAUUACAUCCUGCAAAGAGGUAGCAAAAACUACGAGAGGGCGUUCCGCGUCACCGAGGUGGAGCUGCGGUUUCUCAGAGACUUCCACUAUAGCAAACACGCAAUCAUGUUCGCCAAGGGGUUCCCGGGUUGGAGGAUGCUCCUGGCAGGAUCUCUGGUUAGUGCAGUCAUGUAUCUUGGAUUUGUUGUUCAUCGCUUAUCCAAGAGCCCGGACACGGACAGCAAGUUGUUCGUGACUUACUGUAUCAUCGUCCUUGUCGUCAUCAAAGAGGUCUGGGAGAUUGCAAUUUACGUUCUUUCGCAGUGGACCAAAGUACUGGUGCUGUGCAAGUACGUCAAGGACUCAAGGUUGCGUCAUCCGCUGUUUGAGUGUGCAUUGGGGUUUUUCUGCAGACUAAUCACCAAUGCCAAAUGGAAUCAGCGAAUCGGCCAGUACAACAUCUUGGUGGAUGUUCUUCAAGAAAGAAGCGUCCUGUUCGCAUAUCGUCAUCUCAAAGGGAGAUUUCUCCCUGUGAAGAUAAAGCUGCAGGGAGAGGUUAAGAGCGCCUUGUUCGAGUCAUUCAGUGCACUGCGAAACGCGAAUGACAAUGAUCUGGAAUCCUACUUUCCGCUUGCAUUUAGAACCAACCAACAGGACAUUGUCAGCGAUAUCUCGUGGGCAGGGGAUGAGCUUGAGGCCGACACCCACAGGAUACUCGUCUGGCACAUCGCCACCUGCCUGUGUGAGAUCAACCUCUCCGAUCAGGCAUCGGCGCGGACGAUCUACAGCUUCGGAAUAAUAACAAGACCUCUUGUGAAGAAAACGGCAAUUAUCGCAGAUGAUCUGUGGGAACAUUACAUAGCUGCAGUCACCUUGUCCAAUCACUGCGCAUACUUGGUCACUCAGUCACUGGUGCCGGACAAUGGCCUCGUCAUGAACAAGGUCUACGAGGUUGUGCAGAAAGAGGCCAGCAGUGCCAUUUCUGGUUGCAAAUCCAUGGCAGACAUCUACAGAAACCUGACAAGGAUGGCAAGAACUCCGGACGGGAGUGAAGGCAGGUCGAUAGUCAAGAUGGGCGCGCAGCUGGCGGAGCAACUGAGGCUGGCGUACGGCGACGACGAGCAGGUCGCGCUGUGGAGAGACCUGAGCAGGUUUUGGAGGGGGUUCCUGCUUCACCUUGCCGCGUCCACCAAGGCGGCCAAGCACGACGUGCAUCUCCGUGGGCCAGGUGAACUCACGACGCACCUGUGGGCUUUGCUGUCCCACGCAGGAUUCCUUGGAAGCGGUAGCCACGGCGAGCAAAUGCUAGACCCAGCUGACCUCAACGAUGUCCUGUACAUUCCAGCUAUAUGA